AUGGAAACUCCACGCAGGGACCUGCCCAUUGUGACCUCCAGCUCAUUUCCACUGAACAUGGCUCCUGAUGCUGUUGAUGACAUGUACUAUGGCUGCGACAAGGAGAUGAAGAAGAAGGUCAAGAAAGAAUAUUUCAGAAAAGAGUUUGUGGGAACAUUUAAAGAUGCCUGGGAAAAAGCAAAAAAAUGUUCAAACAAAUACUCAAAGGAUCUCACCAAAAACCAGCGGCAGGCAAUCUGUGUCUAUACAUCCAACGACAUUUAUGAUGAAUUCAAUGAAGCAGUCCGGACCGGUAGGAGCAUCUAUGGCAGCACCUUCCCAUUCCAUUCUUUACAUUUUUGGCUGACCACUGCCAUACAAAAGGUGAAAAAAAGCCAAAAAAGCCAAAAAUGUCAGACUACUUAUCGAAGAACCUGGCAUGAAUUCACUGGCAAGGUUAACGACAUCAUUCGGUUUGGUGCGUUUGCCUCCAGCUCUUACAACAAAAGCCUUACUCAUUUUGGUAGCAAGACCUGCUUCGAAAUUAAGACCUGUUCAGGAGCUUACCUGAAGAAUUAUUCAGAGAUUCCAGAGGAGGAAGAGGUGCUUAUCCCCCCCUAUGAAACAUUCAAGAUAACUGACAUUAUUAAAGGUCGGAAUAAAUUUAAAAAUCUGAAGGAUUGUGAGAAGGUCUUUGUUUUGAAGAGUGAACGAAAAGAUAAAAGUAACCUAAACUGCAAACUUGCACCCAAAUGAGAGAGCAGAGUUUUCUUCUACUGAUGGAGAAAAUGCAAUAAAAUGAGUUUUGUUCUGUAAACGUCAUAAAUCAAUCAAUAAAUCUAUAAAUCUCUACAACAGCUGUACUGAAGUCAAUCAUCAUGCAUCACAACAUCAUCUAUUACUG